GGGGCGGGGCGCGCGUGCCCGGCGCUCACGCUCGGGCGGCUGGGGGCGCGCGGCGCGCUCGCGCUCUCUCUCUUUCGCAGGCUGCGCUCACGGAGCCGGGACCUGUCACAGCGGCGGUGGAGCGCGGCGGGGGGAGCAGCAGCCAGGCCGCGCCGACCCCCCAUCCCCGGGGCCUUAACCGCCGCCCCCAGCCAGCGCCGCCCCGGUGGGGGAGCAUGGAGACCGGGCGGCGGCUCGUUCGGGGGCGGGGCCGGCCCCCCCAGCGCCUCCCAGCUCAAAUCCUGGCUGUGAAACUACUGAACAUUUGGGAUCACUGAAGCCGUUGGUUUUUCUCUGCUCUUUGCUUUAAAGCCCUGCUUUUAUUUGAGUCACCUGCUCUUUUCUCAUGCGCGCCAAGACCCAGGGAGCGCAGGGACGAGGGCAUUGUGACAACAGUAUGACUAAUAGUAAAGGAAGAGCUAUCACAAACAGACCCAGUGGCGCAGUCAGCGGUGGAAGGAGAUCGCUCAGUUGGACUCUCCAUUUGAGUACUUUUCAGCCUGACACAUUUCUGAGCCUUCUAUUGAGUAUGGUGCCUGUCAUUUACCAUAAAAGUCAAGAUGGCAUUUGGCAAGAUGGCCUACCGGCCUCAGCACAGACAUUUAACAUAAGAACAGAUCAACACAUGGAGUACCAUCAUUUCUCAGAGCAAUCUUUUCAUGGCAAUAAGGUACAUGUUCCAUCAAGCUGUAGUCCAAAGUAUGAUGACUAUGCUAACUAUAAUUACUGUGAUGGGAGGGAGACUUCAGAAACAGCUGCCAUGUUAAAAAAUGAAGACAUGUCUAGUGAUGGUGAUGAAGAUCUCAUUGGGGAAGGGAAUCAUCGAUUGCCAAAGGAGUCCAGUGGCACGAUGGCCUUACAAAUCCUGGUGCCGUUUCUGCUGGCGGGUUUUGGAACAGUUUCAGCUGGCAUGGUUUUAGACAUUGUACAGCAUUGGGAGGUGUUCAAAAACGUGACUGAAGUUUUUAUUUUAGUCCCUGCACUCCUUGGUCUCAAAGGAAACUUGGAAAUGACAUUGGCAUCCAGACUGUCAACUGCAGUAAAUAUUGGGAAGAUGGACUCCCCCAUUGAAAAGUGGAACCUAAUCAUAGGCAACUUGGCUCUGAAACAGGUUCAGGCAACAGUGGUUGGCUUUCUAGCUGCAGUGGCAGCGAUCAUUCUGGGCUGGAUCCCAGAAGGGAGAUACCGCCUCGAUCAUUCCAUCCUACUGUGCGCCAGCAGUGUGGCCACUGCCUUCAUCGCAUCCCUCUUGCAGGGGAUAAUAAUGGUUGGUGUCAUCGUUGGCUCAAAGAAGACCGGUAUCAACCCGGACAACGUGGCCACUCCGAUUGCUGCGAGUUUUGGCGACCUCAUCACUCUGGCCAUAUUAGCCUGGAUAAGUCAGGGUCUUUAUGCCUGCCUUGAGACAUAUUAUUACAUAGCUCCUUUAGUUGGUGCCUUUUUCUUGGCUCUGACUCCCAUAUGGAUUGUGAUAGCUGCCAAACACCCAGCUACAAGGACCGUUCUCCAUUCAGGCUGGGAGCCCGUCAUCACAGCGAUGGUUAUAAGCAGUAUUGGGGGCCUUAUUCUAGACACAACAGUAUCGGAUCCGAAUUUGGUUGGGAUUGUUGUAUACACUCCAGUCAUUAACGGUAUCGGUGGUAAUUUAGUGGCUAUACAAGCUAGUAGAAUUUCUACCUACCUCCAUUUACAUGGCAAACCAGGCGAGGUGCCAGAUGAAGCCAAAGGCUGCUACUACCCAUGCCGAACCUUCUUUGGUCCAGGAGUCAAUAACAAAUCUGCUCAAGUUCUUCUACUUUUAGUGAUUCCUGGACAUUUAAUUUUCCUGUAUACCAUCCACUUAAUGAAAAGUGGUCACACUUCCCUGACUGCAAUCUUCAUUGCUGUCUUCUUAUUUGCUGCUGUGCUACAGGUGUUCAUCUUGCUGUGGAUUGCUGACUGGAUGGUGCAUCACUUCUGGAGAAAAGGAAAGGAUCCUGAUAGCUUUUCCAUCCCGUACCUUACAGCUUUGGGAGAUCUGCUCGGAACAGCCUUAUUAGCCCUGAGCUUUCAUUUUCUGUGGCUCAUCGGUGAUCGAGAUGGUGACGUUGGAGACUAGUGAAAUAUGGAACGGCUGACUGUUCUCAGACCAUAUAGAAGAAAACCAGAAGAUGGCGGCUUGUGACUCCUUUUCAAGGCCUUUAAUACAAUACAGGGAUCUCACUUUGGCUGGGCUAAUUUCAAGUUGUAACUGAUAGGAUUAAAUGGCCUUAACUUUUUUAAAAACUGAAUUUGAAUAGAAAAUAAAAAUGAAGGGUAUUUGCCUUUCAUAUGAGAGAAUGAAGGAUGAUUUGACAUUGAAACAGAUAUGAGUUUCAUUUCUGGAGUUAAUUAAAUCAGAAAAUAUGGAGGGAGUUAAAUAUGAGUAAUUUUGUAGGUAGACACACCCCAGGAAUGCACUUGGUUGGUGUUUGACUUGUAAUGGAAAGUUGGGGUUGGGGAGGAGAUUGGCCUCUUUUCUGAUGAAUUUGGUUACAAUGAAAAUCCUAAUUUAAAAGAAAAAAAUACCCUUUUGGAGUAUAAAAAGUUUUAAUUACUUCCACCUCUACACCAGCUGAGUUUGAAUUUUCAAAUGACCAGCCCCCAAAAGAUACCAUAUCAGAGAUGAGGACUUCACCCCAUAAAGCCCCAUGAGCUCCCCAGAGAUGCUGAUGACUUGAUUCCAACUCCACCACUGUUGGUGGGCAGUCAGUAUAGAACAGGGUGAUUAGGGGCUCAGAGGAGAACAGUUAGGUCAUUUGGGGUCAUUGAUUCUUUUUAUUCAAAAGUCAGAGGUAGAACCAAACAAGAGAAAGGAACUCAGUUGUGUUUGUUAGGCACAACAUGGUAUGAAAAACCACUCUCUUCCUCAUUGGAAAGUUGGGUUAGUGAUGAUCACAGUGCUGUUUGAGGCGUCAGCGUUACAGUAGAUUUGGAAGUGUGUUGCUGCAAUGCAUUGUGUUUGUCCACGAGGUUUGCUGAGGGUCCAGAUUUCCUAUUGGGGCUGUAAAUGUUUCCCCAUGUAAAAUUAUUCCAGCUGAAUAGAGGACUCUGGGUCUAGUUCAUUUACGCAACAGGAAAAAAAUGAGUAAGAUUUACAGACGGGUAAGUGAAGGAUUUGGGUAUUUUGAAGAAAUCAACUGAAAAGCUUACGCUUAUCCUUUAGGGGGUCAAAAAGAGGCUGUAGCACAUCUAUCCCCGCCUUAUCGACGCUGCCCAUCCGCAAAUAGGGGCCAGAACACAUACUUAAGGUGUAGUUUUGCUUUACCUGUUUUUCCAAGAAUUGCUCAUGUCCAUUGGGAAUACCUGGGCCAAUCUGAUUAAUUAUUGGAAAAGAGCAGCAUUUUUCUAUGAAAUAGAGCGAAUCAAUAAAUUGCAGUGGGAUGGCUCUCUCUGUUGUAGUUCUAGUGUGGACUAAGAAGGGCAUUCCACUCUAAUUCAGCACGUGGUGACUCACGUCUUGGUUAGCUUUAUUUAAGUAAUAGGUUCUAUGUAACUUUAUUGCUGAAAUCAUUCCUGUUGAGUGCUUUAAAAUGAGGACUAGAUCAGUCAUAGGUUUGCUUUUAUUUUUCACUUUAAUUAUGCCACUCUUCUGCCUUAUAAUGCAGAUGUCAUAGAUGGUAGGAGAAGUAAUUACAGUUUCUCCUUGGCGGAGUUACGGUGUCACACAGUGAACGGUCUCACAAAAGAAAGACUGAGGAAGUCUAAGUUCACAAAUAUUUAACUGAGAAGGUUUUAUAAAAAUCCAUGGGGAUUUAGUUUGAUCUUAUUUAAAGAGUUUGAAAAAUACUUGUUUACACUUGGAUUAUAUGUUCUGUAAUCAUUUCUAGAACUUGUGCAUAGACUGAAAUUCCUAGUAAAUUUUAUUUUGGCCGCUUUUAGCAGAAAAAAAUAAUGCCACCCCACAGUAUUUGCCAAGCAGCUUUUUUCCCAUUCACUCACAAAGCCUCUUAUUGAGUCUCUGUUUCCCCAUAGAAUUAGCAUAAAAUUGCUAAAAAACAUAUACUGACACUUUACAUUUACUUAUUCCCUCACACUUUACAAAGUCCUUCACAUACACUGUCUCACGUUGUGGUCCUCACAAUAACCCUGGAGGCAGCUAGGACAAGUAUCCAUGCCCCUCAUUUCACAGAUGACGUAAUUGAAAUUCACAAGGGUCAGCUGAUUCGAGACAGAGCGCGGAUGCUGAUCCAAAACUUCUCAUAUCAGAUCCGGUGUUCUUUCCACGAUGUCAGGGUGACGGCCAUCCUUUAAGGUUCAAAGAUGGAAUCACAUAUGCGUCCCCCCUUUCCCCCCAUACACACACACACGCGCACCCCUCUCCAGGGAAUCUUCCUUUUUCGCUCAACAUGGGACACUUUUAAUUACUGGUGUACAUACAGGUGAUGUUGAUGAAAACCUUAGGUCAGUAACAUGAAGGGGGAAAAGAAGAGAAGGGAGCCCAGUGCACAGGAUCAUUCAUUCGGAGCUAACAACAAACCUUAGAGAUCAUCUGCUCCAACCAGAUGAGGACGCUGAGGUUCCAAGUGGUCCAGUAAGCCCCAGAGCUGGGAUGCAAACUCAGAGGCUCUAACCCUACAUCCACCCCUCCUUCUACUCUGCCAUGCAGCCAAAAAGCCCAGAACUCACCUUUUAUAGCACUUUAUGGUUUACAAAGCGCUCUCCUCCCAAACAUUAUUUAGAGCCCAUGGACUACUAGACAAUCAUCUACUGGUUGAGCUAAUUAUAAAAUGGAAGUACAUUAUUUAAAGAGUAAAAAAAAACCACUAUGUGUACUUAUUAUUAAUAAACUUAUCUACAGAUUUGAACAUAUUGUGACCAAUUUUUAAAAAAUUUGCAAAAUGUACCAGUAUGUCCUUCCUUAUCAGCAACACAUUAUAGUAUUUAGUCCAGAAAUCUCCCAAUAAUUUUAUUAUGUAUGGUGCUUACUUUACCACAAUAUUAAAAAUACCCACACACUUAACCUUUAAUUACUUAUUAUUAGACACUUCACUUUGGUGUUGGGGGGAGAUGCUUAUGUUGUUGGGUCAUCUUGAUUGUUCCUAUCUGUGAUUAAAAAAAUUUUUCCUUUAGAAUAAAGUUUCUUGAAAAGGUA